AUGAAAUAUAAGGACCCAGGUACUCGAGAAACUAUGUUAUUUAUGGUUCUCCUGAUUAAAGCUGUUAUGGGCUACUAUAUAAAGGAGUCUUAUCGGCCAAAUGUGGUUGAUGUGACUCGUAUAGAGCGGCCGGAUCGUAAAAUAGACCUUUGCUUUGUUUUAGAGAAUGAUAUGUAUAGCACUACGAUUCAGCUAGACAACCGGCAGCGUCAUGGAACCAAUUCUUAUAAUGCCUAUCGAGUAGUUUACACAAAGAAAAGUGCGGCUACGGGUCAAAGCACGCCUUAUCAGCUCAAAGAGAGUUUUCAAGAACCGCAGGGGUGGCUAAUGCAGGAACUGGGUAGUGAUUUACUGAGUGGAGUAGUUAUUGAUGAACAUCGAAUUAUUCAUAUCAAGCCAAAAGAGUUUCUGUACAGCCAGGCCGAUAAUUUGGAUAAACGAAGUGACUUGGUGGCUUUUCGAGCCGAUGAUGAGGUUCUAGAUGAGUGCAUAAUGCUGGAUGAUUCCGGAAUGAACCUUGGCGAUGACGAAAUCAAACAGGACUACUUAGAAGGAGUCGAAGAGUACUUUGGCCGACCACAAAAUCAAAGCAAGACAGGAAAUACCUUAGAAGGCAAGGCCGGCGAGAUUCUAGAGAAGCUCAAAGACGUCAUGCCUGAGUCAUUGCAGAAGUUACUUUUCUGGUGGAGGCCAAUAAGCAUCCACGCUACAACAGAACAGGACAGUAAGAAGAGCUAUUCCGAGGUAGAUUUAGCAACCAGCCCGCCAAAGCGCUAUGGUUUAGCCGACCCCGAGAACCAAAGAAUCAAAUGUGAAGAGUGUAAUAUAAAGCGACUGAAUCGCAUCGAUUUAAGCAAGUCAAGUAAUUCAAAAGACCAACCCCAACCAUUUUCUGGCCAAAAGGUCUAUCCAGAUAUAAAAUCUACCCAUCUGCCACCAUCUGUUCCCACCCGACACAACACAUCCAAACCCAAUGUAAACCAACCUAAUAAUACUCCGGCUGAACAAGCUCUAGAAGUCAGUGAUCUAGCCGGCUUCAAGGACGAGGACCACUACUACCAAGUGGAGGAUAGCAAUUCGCUCUUGGAAUACACUGCCGAAGCUGUCGCCAAAGAUGUUAUGGCCCGCGAGCCGCCUAUUAAUCCCACACAAACAACUACUCGAGUCAAAACUAUUAAGAAGGUCAAGGACAAGCUUAAUGGAACCAUUUCAGUCACCACUGAAAUGCCACACGCCAAUCGCAUCAUUAGAAAAGGAAAGAAGAUCUACUUUGGCAUUCCCUUCUACUCCAAACUAAGCCAGAUAGAGAAUGCCAUCGUUCCUAAUUUAGAGUACGGGUUUCCAGUUGAAACACGAGCUAUUCCAAUUGCCAUUGCCUUAGACAAGUACUUUAUUGCCAAAAACGGCUCCUUACGAGCUGCUAUUUUAUUCGCGCUUGAAACCAUCAAUACGACCAGCAGCAUCUACGAACGCUCUUUUAAUGUCAUUCUCUAUGUAAACGAUAUUAUCAUUGACAAAAAGGCUGAGUGGUACCACAGCACUGGUGAUUUGCUUAAGAAGUUAGAGCAGUUCACUGAGUAUCGCCGGCACAAGAACAAGGACUGUAUGCUUUACCACCUCUUUACAGGCGAUCUUAUCACCAACAAAAAGAUCGGACUGGCCUGGACCGGUAAUAUUGGCUACCACUCCCAAAAGAACAUCAGUGCCAGUGUGCUUAUUCAAAACCAGUUCAUCACAGUUGCUCAUGAAAUUGCGCACAACCUUGGACUUUUCCACGACUGCGAUGAAGAGCUUUGUAAAGACGCCACGGUCACUUCUUACGGCUGCCAUCCGUGCAAGGGUUGCGACUGCAACUUCAAGUACAUUAUGAGCCGCCGUGGAACACCCGGGCUUCUUUGUUUCUCGCCGCCAUCCCAACGGGAAAUGUCCGUUAUUCUGUCGCAGCUAGAAUACCAAAUGCCAAAGGCCGACGAAACCAUUAUGCCCUAUCCCGUCUGUGGUAAUGGUAUCAUGGAAAGGGGCAAAGAAUGUGAUGCCGGCCCCUUUGGCGACGAAUGCUGUACCCCGGACUGUAAGCUUCGUCCCGGGGCUAUUUGCUCCGAUGCUAACAGCAAGUGCUGCACCAAGUGUCAAAUUUCCCCUGCCGGAACUAUCUGUCGCUCGGCGGCUAAUGAGUGCCAAAGAGAUUCUAUCUGCGAUGGAAUGAGCGAAAAGUGUCCAGCACCCGUCUUUAUGCCCAAUCGCAAAAAGUGCUCAAUUGGCCAUUGCACUAGCGGAAUGUGCAUCAAUCGCGAUAUUCAGUGCACUAUUGCCGGGGACCGAAUGGGAAUCAUUUCUUCUUGUCCUUCACACAAAGGCUGUGCGAUGAAGUGCGUGAAUCUCAAAGGCGAAGCCGUCUUUAUCGAAGGCCGCUACUUCAAAAACGGAACGCCCUGUGGCUGGAAUGGCGUUUGCAUGCAGGGUCGGUGCAAUCGAGAUCUCAAAGUUGCGGCCAUGUAUAUAUGUGCUGUGGUUGUUGGUGUUGCCAUGAUUGGAGUUUACUUUUACACAUAA